AUGACACAAAAUAAUCAUGGUGUAAAACAAGAACUUGAAGAUCAAAUAAAUCGAUUUGAGAAAUAUGCUUCAAGGACUAGAGAUGAAAUUAGAAAGGAUGUCUCAGAAAUAUUUCUGCAAACUCUAGAAAAAGAGUAUAAAUUACUUGAGGAAAAAUAUGAAGAAUAUUCAUCCACAAAUAAAGAUAUGCGGCACAUAAUGGAUGAUUGUGAAAGCGAAAUGCACGACAUAAGAAUGUCAGUUUCAGAGCUAAAGAACAGAAUAAAAUCACAAAGAUCAGGUCCUACGCCUAACUUAAAGGUAGAGGAUAUCAAAAUUUCGCCAUUUUAUGGAGACCUGUCAGAAUGGCCAACAUUCAAAGACAUAUUUAAUAGUCUUAUACACGAAAGCUCACACUACUCUAAAGUCGAAAAGAUGUAUCGACUAAAAUCAUACCUUAAAGGUGAAGCUGGACGUCUGAUACAACAUCUGACGGUGACCAACGAAAAUUAUUUGGCAGCCUGGGAAAUUUUGAACAACAGAUACGAAAAUCGUAGAUUGCUGUUCACAUCCCAGUUUGACAAAAUUUUAGAUUUGCAAACAAUUAAUAGUGAAUCAGCAGCUAGUCUAAAAAGCUGUCUAGUGUUGUGUGUCUACAAAUAA